AUGUGUCGGCAGUACUAUACCCAGUACGCCUGGUGCCAAUGCGCAGAAGACGCAGGUCAGAGUCUCUGCGCCGCUCGCAAGCGCAAUGGCUGUCAGGGUGUCAGCAUCGAAACGGUACAUAUGCAAUGCUUCUGCCACCACCACGCCACUAAAGGCUUCAAGUCCGAGAAGAAGACCAAGAAGUCUAUGCGCAACUCCGAGGACGGCUCAACGGACAGUUCACUCCAAGAGAAGACGUCAGCGAUAUCGAGGAAGUGGUACCAAUUCCGCGGACUGCGAGCGCGGACCUUCUGA